AUGGCGGUGUUUCUGUUCUGCAACACCAUUUUGUGGGGAUAUAUGAGGACAACUAGUUUGAUGAAUAAUACCAUGAGCAUCACAAAAGCUGUAAUUGUGUACAGUGUGGUGAAUGGCAUUACUGGAAGGAUUAUGCAUAUGACCCAUGAGGUUUUGAUUGUUUUUAGUAUGGGAAAGUUUGAAAUAAGGAGAAUUUGUGUUUUAUAUGGACUUCCGAAUAAGACAUGGGAAGUCAACCUGCUUGUUGAGGAGGUGCCUCCUGAGCUUCCUGAGCCGGCAUUGGGUAUAAACUUUGCAAGGGAUCGAAUGCAAGAGAAGGACUGGUUAUCACUUGUUGCUGUUUACAGUGAUUCAUGGUUGCUUUUUGUUGCCUUCUAUUUUGGUGCACGCUUUGGGUUUGGUAAGAGUGAAAGUUACAAUCAAAGUGUCUCUCCAGUUAUAGCUCAAAUUAAUGUUGGAUAUGAUCCAACGUGGCUAUGA